GACUCAUUUCUAGAUUGACCCAUCCAAAUGACCCGAUAUGUAAUGGAUUAUCUGUGUAUAUAUAAUAGUGAACUGAAGCAUGGUGGUGAUUGGUCAGUUUUAAUUUCUCUCUCACUCGAGUUUGUUUCUCAGAGGCAGAGUCAGCAGCUGAUUAAGCUCGCUCGAUCAGCCAAACUCCUCUUCUUCUGGUCUGCUGCUGUCACCCAUCUCUUUGAUGCAACUUACCAACAACAACCGCCCAAAGAGAGAUGGAAUUGAAUCAUGACGAUGAUGUUCAACAUCUAUACUAGCUAGCUACUAUACUCUCUCUUUUGUUUAAUUCCCUUAAAUCAAUUCACAAGAGUCACUUUCAGCGGCGGGUGGACAAGGAAGGGAGGAAAGAGGUCCGUGGCAAUAACAAGCCUUAGCUUUCCCCACCAUCCCUUCUUCAAAAACCCUUUCACGAUACAUUCCUCCUCUUCUUCUUCUUCUUUCUUGCUGGAGUUUUUGUCUACACAUUAAGCAUUGGAUGAUGAAAGACUGACAGGGAAAUAGCUUGCCCGAGAGAGAGAGAGAGAGGAAUUAGGUUUAUCUCCACACUCCAUCUUAUACUCAUAUCCUGGUUUUGGUGACAGGUGUUUGUUUUUGCCUCAUUAGGGUUUCCUGCCUAGCUUCUUCUGCUUCAAAUCUGGGUUCUCUCUCUCUCUCUCCCUUUUUCUCACCGUCUGCUGGUUAUUAUCUUCCUCUAGCUUCUUCUUUCUUCUUCUUCUUUUGGCUUUCCGCGCCUCCAUCUUUUUUCUCUAGGGAUUUGUUUUGGGGAGACAAGCCGACAGUGUGGACAGUCGCCGUGCUCGCUUGUUCUCCCAUCUUCCCUCUUUCUUCUCCCCUUUUCCCAGAAAGCGGUUGUUUGGUUCGGUUCUGGUUUCCGGAGUGGAGGGUUCAAUUCCCGAGGCUACUGGCCGGGUUGUAGCCCUUUGGCUGCCUCCUUUGUCUCCAUCUACCUAGAAAACCUUUCUGCUUGGGAAAGUGGUGAAGUUAGAAGUUAAUUAGUUAAACUUCAUCACUGAAACCAGGUAGCUAGGUAGCCGCCGACGUACGUGGGAUCUAUCCAUAUCCAGCCUGCUCCCACGCCGCGCCGGUGGUUUUCGCUGCCCGGAGACAAUCCACAGGUACUACUUUCUUCUUAUUAUCCCACCUCUCUCUCUCUCUCUCUCUCUCUCAAAUAUGAAGGCUUUGCUGCACUGCAUUUAUUGGCUGUGUGUUGUUCAAACUGAUACUUUGUUGGGGGUCAACAUUCUUACUACUGUUCAUACAUUCCUUUCCCAUCUCUCUUCUUUCUUCAUUUGGUCAUAUAUUCAUAGACAUAUAUUGGUGGUGAUGAUGAUGAUGAUAAGCCAUCCUUCCUUCCUUCUUUCUUUCUUUCUUUCUUUCUUUCUUUCUGUGUCCAUGUAUAGUGGAAGACUCUGCAUCACAAUAAUAAUUUUCGGGCAUCAUCAUAAAAGUUGUUUUUACAUCAUGAUUCUAACAUGUGACUUGUUUUUUUUCUUCUUCUAUUUUCCCAUUCCACAAAAAUGAAGAAGAAGAAGAAAAAAAUAAUAUAUCAAAUCACAAUUGAUGUUCAUUUCUCACAGUCAACCCUAGGCGGAGAUAAGGAUGAACGCAGUUCCUCCAGGGUUCCGGUUCCAUCCCACCGACGAAGAGCUGGUGGACUAUUACCUCAGGAAGAAAAUCAACUGCCGGAGGAUCGACCUAGACGUCAUCAGAGACGUCGACCUCUACAAGAUCGAGCCAUGGGACCUUCAAGAGCUGUGCAGAAUAGGGAGCGAGGAGCAGAGCGAGUGGUAUUUCUUCAGCCACAAGGACAAGAAGUAUCCGACGGGGACGAGGACCAACAGGGCGACGACGGCAGGGUUCUGGAAGGCGACGGGGAGGGACAAGGCGAUCUACACGAAGAACGAGCUGAUCGGGAUGCGGAAGACCCUUGUUUUCUACAAGGGUCGUGCUCCGAACGGACAGAAGUCGGACUGGAUCAUGCACGAGUACCGCCUCGAGACCGACGAGAACGCCGCUCCCCAGGCAAAAGGAUGGGUGGUAUGUCGGGUGUUCAAGAAGAAGAUAACAACGGUGAGAAAAAUGAACGACCACGACUCCUCCUCCUCACUUUACUGGUACGACGACCAAGUCUCCUCCUCAUUCACGCAAGAACCGCUGGACUCCCCCAACCAACAAAGCUCCAUCUCCCAGCCACCGCCACGGCCGGAUCAUCAUUUGCCGGCGGCGUACCACGACCACCGCCAUGGCUUCCCAUACACUACCACCACCGCCACUCAUUGCAAGAAAGAGCAGUUCGCCAACGACCUCCUCUUCCUCCCAACGCUCCCACACGAUCCCAACAACACUUACUUCCUCCAGCUCCCUCUUCUUCAGAGCCCCAAGCCCCUCCUCCAGACUCCACCGUCCACGUCGUCAUCUCCGCCGCCGCCACCGUCAUCCUACGGUCUAGACAUGAACACGUCGCGACCCGAACCCUCGCUGGAUCACCAUCACCGCCAGAGCUUGAGGUCAUUAAUCUUUGGGAUGGACGGCUGCGGUGAUCAUCAUCUUCAUCAGCAGCAGCAAGGUGGAGGAGGAGUGGACUCGGUGACGGAUUGGAGAGUGCUUGAUAAGUUCGUCGCUUCCCAACUCAGCCAUGAUGAUGAUCAUCAACUACAGCCGCCGGCCACCGCCGGAGAGAAUGUUGACAAUGCCACCACGGUGCCGCCGUCGACGUCCAGCCCUACUACUACUGGUAGCAGUGAAAUCGAUCUGUGGAAAUGAGAAGGUUGAUCGAUCGGCCUCUCAAUAUUACUAUACGAUAUAUUUAAAUACAACGAAGUUAUUAAACAUGCAUAUAUUUUUACUACUCGUGGUCGAUCACAUGUUCUGUUCAUAUACGGGAAUUCGAGGAAGUAAGUUACCCAUUUUUAUUGAUCAUCUAGAAAAGUUCAUGUAAAUAGUAAACAUAUCUUAAGACA